AUGGCGAAGGAACAACUCCAGGUUCUCUCCGCCCUCGACGCGGCCAAAACGCAAUGGUACCAUUUCACCGCCAUCGUCGUCGCCGGCAUGGGCUUCUUCACCGACGCCUAUGACCUGUUUUGCAUCUCCCUCGUAACCAAACUCCUCGGCCGCAUCUAUUACCACGUCGAUGGAUCCCUUACCCCAGGCUCUCUUCCUCCGCACAUCUCUGCCUCCGUCAAUGGCGUUGCCUUCUGUGGGACUCUCUCCGGCCAACUGUUCUUUGGUUGGCUAGGAGAUAGGCUUGGCCGGAAGAAAGUAUAUGGGAUGACUCUGUUGCUUAUGGUUAUUUGUUCUAUUGGAUCUGGAUUGUCGUUUGGUCAUAAGUCGAGUUCUGUUAUUGCGACUCUCUGUUUCUUCCGGUUCUGGCUUGGCUUUGGAAUCGGCGGCGAUUACCCUCUUUCCGCCACCAUCAUGUCGGAGUACGCGAAUAAGAAGACUCGCGGCGCUUUUAUUGCAGCCGUGUUUGCGAUGCAGGGCUUUGGCAUUCUGGCCGGCGGCAUGGUCGCCAUCAUCAUCUCCGCCGUAUUCAAGAGCCGAUUCCCCGCUCCGGCAUACGCGGUCGAUCCCGCCGGUUCCACCGUCCCUGAAGCCGACUAUGUCUGGCGAAUAAUUCUCAUGGUCGGCGCUCUCCCAGCCGCUCUUACAUACUACUGGCGGAUGAAGAUGCCAGAAACCGCUCGCUACACCGCCCUGGUCGCCAAAAACGCAAAACAAGCAGCUUCCGACAUGUCCAAAGUCCUCCAAGUCGAAAUCCAAGCAGAACAGGCCAAAAUCGAACGUUUCGCCGCCGAUAAAAAUCACACCUUUGGCCUCUUCUCCAAACACUUCCUUCGCCGCCAUGGCCUCCAUCUCCUCGGAACCACCACCACUUGGUUCCUCCUCGACAUCGCUUUCUACAGCCAAAACCUUUUCCAAAAAGACAUCUUUAGCGCGAUAGGAUGGAUUCCGAAAGGCUUCACCAUGAACGCGCUUGAAGAGGUGUUCAAGAUCGCCAGAGCUCAGACUCUGAUCGCGCUGUGCGGAACGGUUCCUGGGUACUGGUUCACCGUCGCACUUAUUGAUGUGAUCGGCCGGUUUGGGAUUCAGUUGCUUGGGUUCUUGAUGAUGACUGUAUUUAUGCUCGGACUUGCGAUUCCUUACAGUCAUUGGACGACGCCUGGGAAUCACAUUGGGUUUAUUGUGAUGUACGCAUUCACCUUCUUCUUCGCAAACUUUGGGCCGAACAGUACGACCUUUAUUGUGCCGGCGGAGAUAUUUCCAGCAAGGUUGAGGUCGACAUGCCACGGAAUAUCGGCGGCGGCAGGGAAACUGGGGGCGAUAAUCGGGUCGUUUGGGUUUUUGUAUCUCGCACAGAAUCCGAAUCCGAAGUUGGCUGAUCAUGGAUAUCCGGCGGGUAUUGGAGUGAGGAAUUCGUUGUUUAUUCUUGCUGGAUGUAAUGUGAUCGGCUUUUUGUGUACUUUUAUGGUGCCGGAAUCGAAGGGGAGGUCGCUGGAAGAGAUUUCAGGCGAAGCAGAGGAGGAUGGGGAGAAGGUUUGA